UUUUAUAAAAACAAUGGCUGGAGUUGUGCUGGACUUUGCAAUUGAUGAGACUGCACCAGAUGCUGAAUUGGACGAAAUUAGAAAGGGAGUUUCUAAAAGGGGGAAUCUUUGGGAGAAUUUUCACUACAGAGCUGACAAUUUUCGACUUUGGCUUUCUACAAGAUGUUGUACUUGUCUCUCUUUUGUUCCGUCGUUGGCGUUGGUUUUGAUUGCUGCUGUGCUGAUAAUGCUGCUCAUUGCGACAAUUCCUCUGGCAUUUGCGCUCACUUAUUCAAGUCCACAAGCAAGCAAUAUUGACAAAAAAGCUACUGAAAAUGGAGGAUCCACAUCCAAUAUUGGAAAGGGAGACAAAUUUAAUUUCUUCGUUGACCGUGAACAUUCUUCUUGGCCAGAAUUGACUGAAGUUUUUAAAUAUCAAGACUGGGAAGACCAUACACCCCUUCGGACAACUGAAUUUCUUCCAAAGAAUAUUACCAGUUGUACUGUUUAUGGAUUUGCUUGUACUGCUCAGCCGUACAUUGUUGUGUCGAAGAAUCGUCGUUGUGACGGACAUCCAGAUUGUGAGGAUGGAAGCGAUGAAAUUGACUGUCAAGAAUGUCAAGCAACGCUUUCUUGCCCAGCAUCAACCAUCAACAAAAAUUCAAAGCGAAGGAUUUGUUUAGUGGGUAAUCAUCUCUGUGAUGAAUACAAACACUGUCCUGGUUCAGAGGAUGAAACUCUUUAUUGCAAUCGUAAAGAAUGUUCAGUUGAUGAGUAUCGGUGCAAGGACGUUGAUAUGUGCAUUCCAAAUAAUGCAAUUUGUGACGGAGAAAAUCAUUGUCCAUUUGGUGAUGAUGAACAAAAUUGCAAAGAAUGCAAUGGAGGGUCAAAGAUGUGUGGUAAUGCAAAAGGGGGAAUUUGCUUGGCAAAACGUUAUCUUUGUGAUGGUUUUGUUGACUGUCACAUUGACGCAAGUGAUGAAAAGGUAGAAUUUAAUUUUAGUUUAAUUGUAAGUAAUGCUUGCCUCAAAUAUACACUCCUUCACAAAAUUAUAGCCCCACCAAUAUUUUUCUCGGUUUCUAUACUGUGUCCGUUCUAUACUUUGUCAACGGAUACAGAUUGUGAUUGUGCCUCUUGUUCAGGCAAAUUCUCUGCUCUCUGCAAUGGAACAAGUAAGAUGUGUAUUUCCAAAGAUAGUGUUUGUAAUGGCCGUUUUGACUGUCCUGAUGGUGAAGAUGAAAAUGGUUGUCCAGGCGUUUGUCCUCUUACAAAAUUGUCAUUAAUGAAGAAUCAGGAGGGAAGCAACUCAAGCAGCCACAAUUCCGUUCUUUGCAAUGACGGUCUUUUCCACGAUUGGUCACAUGCAUGUGAUGGCCUUCUCGAAACAUGCCGUUUUAAAUGUAAAGAGUGCAAUCCUGCUAGAGCCUUCCAAUGUCAUUCAAACAACGGAAAUGGAACAAAUGUUUUUGAUAAAAUGUUUCCAGAGUGCAUUCAUCGUUCUUUGGUCUGUGAUGGAAAACCUGACUGCCUUGACGGAUCUGAUGAGUUGGACUGCAGCUGCAAAACCCCUCGCAUGAAUGAAUGUCACAGUAAGACUGCUUUUCGUCGCUGUUAUUCUAACUUUCACAAGUGUGAUGGUUAUUCUGAUUGUUUGGGAGGAGAAGAUGAACGCAAUUGCACUGCCUGUACCAAUGGAGCUUUUCUCUGUCAAACCGAAGGUCGUUGUAUCCCCCCUAACGCGCGUUGCAAUGGGGAGCCUGAUUGCUUGGACGAAUCAGAUGAAAUGAACUGCACUUGUAAAGAAUGUUCUCGACACUCUAAACAAAUGUACAUGUGUGAGACUGCUCAGCGCUGUUAUCCAUUAAAUAAAGUCUGUACUCCUUACAGUGUUUGUGCAAAUGCAACUCGGAUGGAUAAAAUGUUUUGUGCAAUUCGUGGCCAUGAAUACUUCUGA